AAUGAGUACUUCAAUGAAGGCAUUCGACUCAAGGAUGGCAUUGGAUCUGAUGCUUACGUCUGCGAAAGUUGUGGAAUUCCUAUCGCAUCACUAGUUUUGGUGAAAAAGCAUUUAGAACUUCACAAACAAUUAUCAGAACAGUUGGGAAUCUGUACGAAACCAGUUAUUGGACUCGACUUUAUUUGUGAAUACAUAGAUCCCGAUCCGGACACACCUCGAGUGUAUGAGUGCGCGCUUUGCAAUACAACCAACACUUCCAAAGAGAUCAUUAAUCACAUCUGCGGUUUCACUCAUAUCACUAAUUUCAUUAAAAGGAUUCAUCCGAAGGAAGGAAUUAAAUUCAUGUCAGAAACGCCUGAAUUAGUGUUAGAAGCGGCCAAACAGGCCAUCGAACUGGAAAUGGUGGUCGGGAGGGGACACUUCAAA